UCUUUUACCAGAUUUCUCAUCUUGUGUUCUUGGUUGGCAUUUGUUUGAACGUUCCGCACUUCAUCUUGGAUCUCUUUGAUUCUGAAUGCACCAAAACUGGCACCACCAACAACGAUACUCCGUUCGAGUCAGCAAGGCGGCUCACUUUUGCUGCAAAUAGCAGCCAAAUCUCCCUCGAAUUCUUUACCUGAACGUCUUGUCCUAAACGAACGAGUCUCUCUACAUGGUGACAAUCUGCUAAGAAUAACAACCAAAUCACAUAUUGUGUUUUAAAAAUGGCAAAAUGAAAGGACACUUUGGAGAAUGUAGUCAAUCCUAGAUACACCAUGCAUGAACGCCUCUGCUCAGACAUAUAUUUGAUCAACAAUUCUCUCUGGUCCUGUCAUAUUGGUGACAUGAGUAUCUCUUGUGUGUCUGGGUCAACUGUGCAACCAAGUUAGGUUCUGUAUGUUGGUACAUCUUGUCCUGGACACUCCGGAGUCUUUCUUUAUUCACUUGGAACAGUCUGUCUUGAUCCAGAUUUAUUAAACCGUUAAAUUAUUGCCGGACUGAAACUCUUUAACCGUAUUUAGUGGCAUCGGAUUCGGACUUUGUCUUUUAUUCCUUCCCCAAGUCGGAUAUCGUGUCUGCUGCUUUUAAUGUGUUUUCCUCAUUAUUUGGCUGCAAAAUAUGCAGUUAUGGUCAAGUUGCAAUUCACUUAGCAACUUCCCCCAACAAUCUACCACAGCUGCUGCAUCCCAUCUUGAUAUCUCUUCAAAAUCUUUGGAUAUACAAAAAUAAUCAAUCAUUGGAUAUUUUUGCUAUCGGAUAUAUAUAUCUAUCUAUCUUAUCUCAUCACUAAGCAUAUCAAUAAGGACAUUUCCAUUCAUUUUGUCUUGUGAAGAAUUUUAAAGAUCUGUUUAAGUCAAAAGAAGAAAAUAAUAAUAAAAACCCAAGGAAGAACUAAUCACCUGAGAAAAAGAAUUCACCUGAUCAAUUUUGAACAUAUAAGCCAAUCUGGUCGAUCAUUUAUUGAGGGUGUCUUGCAUCCUUGGAGUGGAUUUAAGUGAAGACUGCGGUGGACUAUAUAUUUUGGAGGUGGUGUGGUGUGGUGCUGGAGCGAGCGACAAGGCCCCCUCCACACCUGAACAAAGCUGCUGCACAUGGAUCCCGGCAAUAAACGAGCUCGUUUUGACAAGCCAGCUGCAGUCCGCGGUCCUAUACCGAACGGACCAAUGCACCAAAGACCCCUGAUUGCGUUGUUGGACGGCAGAGACUGUUCUGUAGAGAUGCCAAUACUAAAAGACGUGGCUACAGUAGCGUUCUGUGAUGCACAAUCAACUCAAGAGAUUCAUGAAAAGGUACUGAAUGAAGCUGUAGGGGCUCUUAUGUGGCAUACCAUCACUCUGAAUAAAGAAGAUCUGGAAAAAUUUAAAAGUUUGCGAGUCAUUGUUAGAAUAGGAAGUGGACAUGACAAUAUCGAUGCAAAGGCUGCUGGGGAAUUAGGAAUUGCUGUCUGUAAUGUGCCCGGAUAUGGCGUGGAAGAAGUUGCUGAUUCGACGAUGUGUCUCAUUUUAAAUCUCUACCGAAGAACGUACUGGCUGGCAAAUAUGGUACGUGAAGGUAAAAAAAUCAAUGGCCCCGAACAGUUGCGUGAAGCUGCCCAGGGUUCGGCUCGAAUUCGAGGAGACACAUUAGGAAUUGUUGGACUUGGUCGUGUGGGAACCGCUGUUGCACUUCGAGCAAAAAUAUUUGGUUUUAAUGUAAUUUUUUAUGAUCCUUAUUUAACGGAUGGAAUUGAAAAGGCAUUAGGAAUCACACGGGUAUAUACAUUACAGGAUCUCCUGUUCCAAAGUGACUGUGUCACUCUUCACUGUAAUUUGAACGAACACAACCACCAUCUAAUCAAUGACUACACCAUCAAACAGAUGAGGCCCGUGAAAGUGAACAGCCAAAACCCGGGAGAAUUCGGUAAUGGGGCAAGCAAAGGUGCUUUCCUUAUCAACACUGCUCGAGGUGGUCUGGUGGAUGAACUUGCUCUCGCUGCAGCACUGAAAGAAGGUCGUAUUCGGGCAGCUGCUUUAGAUGUUCAUGAGAGUGAACCAUUUUCAAUGGCAAACAGUGUUCUCAAGGAUUGCCCAAAUCUGAUCUGCACGCCACAUUCAGCUUUCUACAGCGAUCAGAGUGUCUCGGAACUACGCGAAAUGGCAGCCGGGGAGAUAAGACGAGCGAUUAUUGGCCGGAUACCAGAGAGUCUACGCAACUGUGUGAACAAGGAGUAUUUUCAAUCAAGUAAGCAGAUCUCAUUCCUGUAACUGGAUGAUGAAUCUGAUGUCAGACUCUAUUCCUGUUUUUGGGGAUGGACAUUAUAUAUACAUAUAUAUCUAUGUGUGUGUGUAUGCCUAUAUAUAUAUAUAUAUAUAUGUGUAUCUAUCUAUAUAUAUAUGCGCACACACAUACAUAAAUAUAUAUUUAAAAAAAUUACAGAACAAAAGAGAAAAAUAAAUCUUAAAAAAAAUUCCUGCUUGUCUUGGGCAGCCAAAGCUAUAUUAUAGAUGAUAGAGAAGAAGUCAGGCCGGACUCCGGAAAUAUGUAUGCACGUGUUGAUUUGAUAUCUUGGCAAAAAAAAAAAAUAAA